UAGAAAGGAGGUGCUCUGUACAGUCAGUGUUGGACAGCAGCUGAGCGCUCCUCCUCAGUCAUCUUUAAAAGCUGCUGGGAACACAGGGACACACACUCACUUACCUGCUGAUAACCGAGAGAAGAUGUUCUGCAGACGGGCUUUGCAGAGAGUCGGGCCUCUGGCACGAAGGGCUUUCAAACCAACACCCAGAAAUGUUCCAGUGCGACACAUGGCCUUUGGAAUCCCUGGUGGCUCCAGCAACAUGGCGUACUUUGUUCUGUGCGGAGGAGGCCUCACUGCUGCAGCCGUCUAUGCUUACAAGGCAGCCAAUGGUGAUAGUGUGCGCCAUGAGGAUGCAGUUGCCAGCAUGUCCUCCACAGAAAAGGCUCCUGCAGCUGAGGCAGCACCAGAAGUAGCAGCUCCUGCAGCUGACCCUGCCCCAGUGGAGGUGUCAGUGCCAGCCGCAGAGGUCAUCACAGAAGUUGCCACAGAGUCUGUCCCUGCUCCUGCAGAACCUGUGGCAGAGACCGCCGCAGAACCUGUGGCAGAGACCACCGCCGAACCUGUUGUCGAGGCAGUGUGUGAAGCAGCCGCCGUGGCCUCUGAGGUGGUCAUUGCUGAGGCUGCAGCUGAGCCAGCAGUCACAGAAGAAGCUGCCCCACCAGCAGUGGUAGAGGCAGUUCCAGAAGCUGCUCCUGUCACUGUGGAAGUCACUGCCACGGAGGAGACACCAGCAGAGGCCCCUGCCGUCGAAGCCCCUGCAGCAGAGAGUGCUGGUACGGCAGCAGUAGCACUAGAUGAAGUCCCUCCUGCUCCCCCUGCUGAGGCAGAGACUGGCCCUGCAGCCCCUGAGGCUGAGGCCACCCCUGCUGCUGAGGUGGCUGCAUAAAGCUGUGAUGGUAGGAUAGUUGCCCAUAAAGUAGGGCUAGGAGUUAGUUGUGCUGUGUUCCACCUUUUGGGGCCUAGGAAAAAAGGACUCAUGAACCCCUGGGGUUCAUGGGUGGCGUUUAGUUUUCACUUCUAGUUGGGGGUUCACCAGUCCAGUUCCCAGGGUUCCCUCCUUUCCUUACCUCACCCCACCCAAAAACUUCAGACCCAAACCAGAACAUUUGGCAUUAGGCUGUUUUAGAUUCAGUUUGGAAAAUUCAGUUUCUAUAGGAAUUUUUUUAUAAUCAGAGCAAAUCCAAAUUAUGGUUUGGCUGCUGUACAGCUGAUAGAGAGUUAACUAGGUGAUAUAAGGGACAGAGCUGAUGACUGAUGUUCUCUACGAAAUGUUAUACUAAGUGCCCUUAAAAAACAAACCUUACAUAUUCUUCCUCAUUUAAAAAUGUCAGCACGGUGAAUGAAUGCAGUCCUUAAGUUAUUCAAGUUGUCUUCCUCAUUCAACAUCAUUUGCACUUGAUCUUCAUCUGCUCAGCCAAUGCUUACUUCGAUCUGUAUCCCAUGAAACUUUGCUUAGGUUAGGAUUAUCAUUCAAACAGUAGGGAUGAAACACAGAUGGUGUGUUUUAAUAUUAACUGUCUCACUGUAAAGUUCUACCAAAAAAAAGUUUGCUCUUUUUUCAUGGCUGCAGCACUCUCGUUUUCUUGAUCAUUUUGCACAUUUUUCCUCUCUUGACCAUAUUGAAAUUCUUAUUUACCAGCCAUGUACAAGACGUUUUUUUUCUCUUAAGUGUCAAACUCACCUUUCUUGUUUCUUUACUCCUUUUUUAAAUGUGAAAUCUUUCAGGGAACACUACCGAAAAUUCAUUCACCUGUCUCUCAGAAAUUUGUCAUUAUGAUUAAUAUUCUCAAGUUUCUAAGAAUA